CACUGUCACACAUUCACACAGACAGACCCAGACUCCCUCUGUGUGAGAGUCAGUUCCACUGUGAAUAACCAUGAGGAGGGCACUACUGCUGCUCUGCGUAGCUGGCUGCUGUCUGAGUGGAACUGGCAUCACCAUGAGGAGGGCACUACUGCUGCUCUGCGUAGCUGGCUACUGUCUGAGUGGAACUGGCAGCUCUACCUCUCUCCCGGAGGAGAACGGGGUUCUGCAGUUGAAGAAGGAGAACUUUAACCGAGCGCUCCAACAACACAAACAGCUGCUGGUGCACUUCUUUGCUCCUCUCUCUGGGGAUGCCCAGCGGCUGGCGUUAGCGUUCCGUGGUGCAGCGGAGCAGCUGAUUGGCUCGGAGGUGAAACUGGGCGUGGUCGACGUCUCCAAGGAACCCAAACUGACCAAAGAACUGAACGCCACGACUCCACCCCCUCUACGGCUCUACCUAUCAGGAGACAGACACAACCCUGUACCCUGCCCAGUCUUCCAGAAUUCGGCCUCCAUUGUAACGUGGCUGAAGAGGAGGGCGGGGCCUAGUGCUGACAUCAUCACUGACCUGAACCAAUCAGAUCGCUUCGUCGCCUCGGAGGAGCUGGUGGUUCUCGGACUGUUUAAGGACUUGGAGCUGGGGCGUGUGGAGGUGUUCUACGCGGCGGCCGUUGACCUCCCCGACCUCCCUUUCUCUGUGACCCAGAACCAAAACAUCUUCAGGAAGUAUGACAUCACACAAGACUCUGUGCUGCUUGUCCGACAGUCUAACCCUGUACAGGUGAUGAAGGUAACCUGUCAGACGUCUAAAGAGGAUCUCCUCUCCUUCAUCACCGUUCAUCAACUGGAGCUGGUUACUGAAUACAACGGACAGACAGCCAGUCGGAUCCUCUCCUCUCCAGUGUUAAAUCAUGCCAUUCUGUUUGUCAAUAAGACUGAUGGAGGGUUUCAGACUGUCUACUCUGCCUUCCAGGCUGCUGCUGCCUCCUACAGGGGAAAGGUAGUGUUUGUGAUGGUAGACGUGGACGAGCCGAGGAACGGUAGAAUGUUGGAGUAUUUCCGUGUCCGGGAGAGCGAGGCUCCGAUGGUGCGAUUGGUUAAUCUGACGAGUCACGUGACCUAUCACCUGCCGUCCGACACACUGGACACGCCCACCAUUACAGCGUUCUGUCAGAGUUACCUGGACGGCACCGCACAGCCUAAGAUGCAGAGUGAGACUAUACCCGCUGACUGGGACCAGAAGCCAGUUAAACAGCUGGUAGGAGAGAACCUGGAGAGACUGGCUUUCAACCCUGACAAGACUGCUUUCAUCAUGUUCUACCUGCCCUACAGUGAAGAGAGUCGUUCUCUGUUCCCGCUAUGGGAGGAGCUAGCCCAGCACUUCCUGGACAGAGAGGAAGUUGUCAUCGCUCGCAUCGACGCCUCGGCCAAUGACUUCAACCUGUCGAUGAGAGAACGCUACCCCGCCCUCCGCCUGUUCCCCGCGCUGCACGCAGAGAGGGUGGUAGCCUACUCUGGUCAGAGGAACCUGAAGGAUCUGGUUCAGUUUCUGGAGAAAGAGAUGGAGACAGCCAAGAGGGACAGGGCCCAGGAGGAGGAGGAUCGGAGGAAGUACAUCGAGAAUCAAAAAGCUAUUGAGGCCAAAGAAGCUAAAGAAGCCAAAGAUGCUAAGCAGGAGCUGUAGUUAUAGUAGAUAUAGCCCUAGUGGUAUAAAACCUGUAGUCACUACACCACCUGUAGUUAUAGUAGAUGUAGCCCUAGUGGUAUAAAACCUGUAGUCACUACACCACCUGUAGUUAUAGUAGAUGUAGCCCUAGUGGUAUAAAACCUGUAGUCACUACACCGCCUGUAGUUAUAGUAGAUGUAGCCCUAGUGGUAUAAAACCUGUAGUCACUACACCACCUGUAGUUAUAGUAGAUGUAACCCUAGUGGUAUAAAACCUGUAGUCACUACACCACCUGUAGUUAUAGUAGAUGUAGCCCUAGUGGUAUAAAACCUGUAGUCACUACACCGCCUGUAGUUAUAGUAGAUGUAGCCCUAGUGGUAUAAAACCUGUAGUCACUACACCACCUGUAGUUAUAGUAGAUGUAGCCCUAGUGGUAUAAAACCUGUAGUCACUACACCACCUGUAGUUAUAGUAGAUGUAGCCCUAGUGGUAUAAAACCUGUAGUCACUACACCGCCUGUAGUUAUAGUAGAUGUAGCCCUAGUGGUAUAAAACCUGUAGUCACUACACCACCUGUAGUUAUAGUAGAUGUAGCCCUAGUGGUAAAAAAACCUGUAGUCACUACACCGACUGUAGUUAUAGUAGAUGUAGCCCUAGUGGUAUAAAACCUGUAGUCACUACACCACCUGUAGUUAUAGUAGAUGUAGACCUAGUGGUAUAAAACCUGUAGUCACUACACCACCUGUAGUUAUAGUAGAUGU